GCUCCAAACUGACAGGACUACACAACAGACCAAGGAGAGACAACACACACUUCUGGGAUUACUUCUUGAGGAAUAUUGUAAUUGAAAACUCACACUAACUUCACACAGCAUUUGGCUAUUAUCUUCAGCUUGUCAUCUCUAUCAACUGUGAUCGUUUUCUUCUGUUUUACAGUUUUUAACAGGGUUUAUACAACACAGGACUAUUUUCAAAUCUUUACAAUUCCUUUCACAAUAGUCCCAUAGCCGUUGUGAGUCUGACAAGCGAGGCUACUUUCACACGAGCUUCAACGUAUCUUUAAAGUAUCAUCAGUUGUUUUUGAACCUUUGGGGACUAUUUGGGCUGUGGACUGUCCAAUUCCCACUGUCUUGAGUCACUCUGACUGCCUGGACCAUUUUACGUUUUUAUAAACAGUUUUUGAAGACUAUUCUACCCUAGGACUACCCUACCUCUCAUUGCCAUGGCGAACAGCUGUCUCCAGCUCAGCGGUUUUGUGAUGAGUUGUAUCGGGUGGGUCGGGAUCCUUAUCGCCACGGCCACCAACGACUGGGUAGUGACAUGUAAAUACGGCAUGAACACAUGCAAGAAGAUGGACGAGUUAGGAGCCAAGGGCCUGUGGGCUGAAUGUGUCAUAUCAACCGCCCUCUAUCACUGUAUAUCACUGACACAGAUAUUGGACCUACCAGCAUACAUCCAGACGUCGAGGGCGUUGAUGAUAACUGGAUCCCUCCUGGGGCUGCCUGCGGUGGGGAUGGUCCUAACAGCCAUGCCCUGCAUCUCCCUGGGGGACGAGCCUCAGUCAGCCAAGAACAAACGAUCCCUACGGGGAGUUCUCAUACUGCUAGUGGCUCUGUGUGGGGGGGUGUCGACAGUAUGGUUUCCUAUCGGAGCCCACCAGGACCAGGGUCUCAUGUCGUUUGGGUUCAGCCUGUACGCUGGCUGGGUGGGCGCGGCCUUCUGUCUCCUGGGAGGGGCCAUGAUCACCUGCUGUUCUACUGAACCCUCCCAACACUACAAUCACCAUGACAACAACAGGUUCUACUACUCCAAAGGACAGGUGCCUGGCAACCCCUGUUCACCCUCCACUAACCACGCCAAGAGUGCCCAUGUUUAGACACACAUACACUAGAUGCAUGCACUCACACAGACACACAGACACAGACACACACACACACACACACACACACAC